CCACACUAAACAGUUAUGCUGAUGCCGGCGAUGAGUAAUAGGCGGCGUCUAUUCGUAUUGUUUGAAUGCAAAUGAGAUUUUGUAACUCGAGCAAUCGGCGAUCUGUCUGGCCCGGCUUAUCAGUUAGCACCCCCAAAGUGAUUUCCAUUGGGCGGCCGUAUUGCAUCAUCUGCCAUGUGUACUGAGGGCAAUUGUAGCGCCGAUCGUGACCGGGCAAAAUGAAUUGUGCACACACAUCGAAAGCACUUUCACUCUCACUUGGAGGAAUACUUGGGAAAGCCAACUGCUCCAUUCAAUCGCAAUCUCAAUCAUUUGCAAUUCAGCUAAAGAUGCUGUCACCGCUGCUGCUUCUCCAGCUGCUGCUGCUGCUGCUGAUCCCUGUCCACGGCUAUUAUCAUGAGUACCUUUACUGGGAGCUGAACGAACCGCCGCCCAUCUGCUCCGAGUACGAGAUGCUGAUUGUGAAUACGCGCCAAUGUGUGCGCCGCUGCAAUAUUGUAUGCCAGCGUGGUGUUUGCUUUGAGGAUGGGCCAUGUCCUUGCGCCGACCAGUACCAGAGCGCCUUCAAGGAUGGCGUGGCUUGCGCGGCCGAGUGCCUGCCCGGCUGCCAGCAGGCCGGUGGCCACUGUGCCGGCCCAGAGCUGUGCAUUUGCCGCAAGAGCAAACACUAUUACUACGAUCCGGUGGCGCGACGCUGUCGCCGACGCGCACCCCGACUGCUGGACCUGUGCGGCGGGUGAGUUAUUAUUGCUGUAAUGAGUAUACCCUAGCUUUUAUCUCCAUUCUUCUGCAGGCGCUGCAUCCAUGGCCGCUGCUCGUACGAUGGCCGCUGCAUCUGUGCGCAGGGUUACGAAAUGCGCAGUACGCUGCUGCAUGGCGCCCAGUGCAUGCCCAUCUGUGAUCAGUAAGUGUUGGAGAACAUCACAAAAUGUACGUCUACUAAUCUCGAGCAUCCCUACAGCGAUUGCGGUCCUAGAGCCUAUUGCUAUGCGCCAAACAUGUGCGCCUGUCGGCACAAACAUUAUCACUACGCCUUCAACGGGAUAUGCAUCAAGGAUUACUGAACUAGUGAAUAUACUAGGGCUGUUUUAGGCCCUGUUUAGCACGAAUUUGAAUUAAGCUAAUGUAGUUAAACAAUAUCUAAAAUGAAAAGUAUCUCUUAUUCGUUUUAUAC